CUUAUCAUAUACAAAAUCCAAUCACUUCGAUAUGUAUAGCUCCACAUAAGUGCCAAUGCUAAAGAAAACUUUGUGUAGUAUGCCAAUAUGAACAUGGAGUGGAUUUGAAAUAUACAGUUCCUAUUGGAAUAUUUUAAGAAAUGGCAAUGAAGAAAUUAAAAGACUCCAAGCUUAAUGAUACAUCUGAACUAACCAAAUAGAGAGUGGCCAUUUAAAGCAUUGCUCACUCAAACCGAAUUAAUGAUGAAGACAAUUUGGGAAGAGUUGUCACAAUCAAUCAAAUAAGUUUAUGAUUGGAUUGAAAAGUAAAACUAAUCAUACUUUAACCUCAUUAAUGAAAACACCAAUCUAGCUGAAUCCUCUUACACUGAUAUAGAAAAAUUAGUAAACAUUGUAGAAGGAAAAACUUUAAUUGAUUGGAAUGCUUCGAAGAAUUCUUAUAUGAUAGAAUUAGAGAAGACUAAGAGCUGGUGGGACCAACAUAUAAAGGCUUUUAUUGAGAAGUCUAAUUAUGGAAUCCAAUAGAUCCACUCAUUAAUUAAGUAAGGUUUAUAAAUCUUAUCUUUAGGGAAGAUGAAGAAGAAGUUUAUUAAAUGAAAAAAGAUCUGGAUGAGAUGUUAACCUACAUCCAGGAUAUAAAAGAAACUCUAUACUAGAAGAUUCUUGAUACACUUAGAAAAGAGAAAGCUUCAGACGUUAUUGGAUUCCUGUCAAAGACAAACAAUCAUCAGUUUUAUGAAUCUUUAAACUACAAGUAAGACAAUCUAAAGGAGAUCAAGAAGUAAGUAAAGAAAAUAACUAAUGUCUUGACAAAUCUUUAGGAUCAUCAAUUUGGUAAGCAUGAUUAUUCUUCAGAGACUUUUGAAAAGGCAAGAUAAAAUCUAAUAAAGAGGUUGAAGGAUAACAAAGGGAGCAUUAAUUUUAUGAAAUUUUUAGUUCUCCUCACAAGCAUAGAUAGAAAAUUUAUUCAAUGUGGAUCAAAUGGACUUAGUUUAUUAGUGGCCAUGAAGGUUGAUAUAAGGAACCAAUCCUUUGAGAAUAUCAGAAUAAAGAAUACUUCUUUAAUUGGAGGUAAUUUUGUAAGGUGUAAUUUGAGUGGAUCUGAGUUUGAUAAUGUAGAUAUCAGUGGAUUGAAUUUAAAUGGUGCUUAACUAAUAAAUUGUAAAUGGAAGAACAUAAAAGUCCAUGAAUUGAAUAAACUGGAUGGUCAUAAGGGACCUGUUUCAUCAGUUUGUUUCUCUCCUGAUGGAAAAACUUUAGCAUCUGCUGGUGGUGAUUGUACUAUCCGUCUAUGGGAUGUCAAAACAGGAUAAUAAAAAGCCAAAUUAGAUGGUCAUAGUAAUACUGUCUACUCAGUUUGUUUCUCUCCUGAUGGAAAUACAUUAGCUUCUGGUAGUUUGGAUAACUCUAUCCGUCUAUGGGAUGUUAAAACAGGAUAAUAAAAAGCCAAAUUAGAUGGUCAUA